AUGGCUCCACUCGCCCACGCAUUAUCGUCGCACUCAUCGUUAACAAGUCUUUCCAGAGCCGCACAGCAAUCCAUGCCCGAUGGCAAUCCUGACGACGUCAACAUCGCGACGGAACUUCUCACCCGGCCUCGAAUUCCACACAGGCAGACUUCAUUCUCUGGAACCUCACUAGGACAACAGAGCCUAAAGGAUUCACAGUUCCAAGAUGAUUUGAAUGGCUCGAUUGGACCCAGCAGGUCCAGAAGAGCUUUACAGAGCAGCAACACCUGGACAUCCUCGAGUGGCGAAUUACUCUCUGAGCAGGAUGAGAUUGAAGACCGGUCCGUCUUCGUUGACGAAUAUAAUCGACUGGCCAAGAAGCAUGGUGUUCGAAUUAUGGUACUUGAGGAUUAUGAUGAAUAUGGUAAUAUCGCCAAUCUCUCUACGAAACCGCCCAGUUGGUUCUCAAGAAAUAUACUCCGCAGAACUUCAUCAACAACAAGUGUGCGUCAUGAUCGAGGUCUCAAACACCGACGAAGCAUAAGCGACAUCUCUAUGAGAUUGAAAUCAAGAAAGGACAAGCUUAAAGACAAAGACCUACAGGAACUGGUUCGACUUUGCGGUGCCAGCAUACUAUAUCUGCCUGCAGAAUAUGGCUCUGGAAGCUUGACUGUGCCAACAUGUUUUCGCGCCACAGCUCAGUAUCUUGUUCAACAUGGCCCUGCAGCGAGAGGUAUCUUCAGGAUUCCUGGUGCACAUAACAUUGUCGAAGCUUUGUACAAUCAUUUCUGCUCUGUCGACGAGGAUGGUGAUGUGAUAGCUGGAACAGUGCGCUGCCCUACACUAACAGAUCAUAUCAGGUGCGACGUACAUGAUGUUGCUUCUGCUUUCAAACGGUUUUUGUCAGGAUUGCCUGGUGGAAUUCUUGGGACUCUACCGUUGUUCGAUGCCCUGGUCGCCAUCCAAGGACAGCUACACGGAGAUGCUGAGUUCACAAAAACAAAGCAGAGCAAAGUCCGGGCACGUCUGAUUGCUUUGGCAAUUUCCACCUUGCGUUCGCACUAUAGACGUGAGCUUAUCUGCGCUGUCUUCGGUCUUUUAUCCAUGGUCGGGCGAACUGCUGAGACUGCCCCGAGGGAGGACGAGCGGGGAAGACCUCUGCCUAUCACUGACUUAAUGGGUUACGCAGCACUUGGGAUCGUGUUUGGUCCUUUGCUCGUUGGGGACCUUUUGGAUCAUUACAGUAUGCAUCUUGCGAACCCCAAUGGAGGACUUGUAUUGCUUCCAGUCAGCCCACCAAAGUCUCGAAAAGAGAAGAAAAGGAGGCAACGCCCGAACACUGAAGAAUCCACAGCUUUUAUGUCACAAGUGGAUAAGAUAAAAGUUGCGAAUAGCAUAACCGAGAUGCUGAUUACGCACUGGAGGGAGGUGGUUCGUCACAUGAAGAAUAUAGCUUCUUUGCAGGCACGCGAAAGCCAAAUGGCGUUGAAGGCCAUGCAGCCGUACCUACGGCCAUCUGUAUCUGAAGGAUUUUCGCUUCGCAAACCCCCAGACUGGGAUUUGCUAAGGCCGCUCCCACUGAAAGGAAAUGACCGGAGUCAAUCCCCAACUCCGAAUGGUCGCGCCAGCACAUUUGAUGAGUCAACAUUCAACCAAAGAUCGUCCCAAAAGGAGGAUCUGACGGUCAAAAAGCAAAGAUCUCGCUCGAGACCACGUCCCAAAUCUGGCCAACUCCUUUCUGGAUCCCGUUCCUUAACUCUACUUCAGCUUUCUCCGACUAUGGAGGAACUUACAAGUGAAGAUUCAGCUGCACCGCUCGCCGUCACCUCUUCCGAAAUCAAUGACCCCAGCCCUUAUACCGAGAUUGCAGUUCCUGAUGCACAAUCUAGUGCGGCAAAGAUUAAAGCACGACCUGGCACACCAUCAGCAAAGAGGAUAUCUCCCAAAUACAGAAAAUUACCGGGGAAUAGUUUGAUAGAUAGUGGAAUCCCACCGACCACACCGACAAAAAGAAGGACACAUCAGCACCUAAUGGAGAAGCACCCUUCGAAGCACGGAAAGCACAGCAUGGGUACGCUCAAUUCUUCUCAUUCCACUGACCCUCCACUCGCCCAAAAUAUGCUAUACCCAGAUCUGAAGCCGCCCGGUUCUUUAGUAACUACGCCUGCCCAAUCGAAUUCUUCAAUUUUUAGACGGACUGUAAAAAGCGAGCCAGGGAGGUCGAACGAAUCCACGAUUCUAGCUCCUCAACAUUUUAGAAAGCAUGCCAAACCAACACCUCCUACAUCAUCCUCUCGAGCAAACAUCCACACCAAAAGAGACUCUUUGACUACCACAUCUCACGAAGAUGACAUUGCAUCUCUGACGGAGAUGGGAAAGGUCCUGAGAGACACCGCUAAAGCACAGGUCGCUGAAGCCCAGCAAGACAAACCGCGCAGACCUUUGGUGGAGAGCAGCUCCUUAGAAGGAAGCCACUCGUCCAUGGCAGCAAAUUCAACAACGAUGAUUGAUAAUGAACCCUUGCUGAGCCCUUCAACCACGGCAAAGCCAGCUUUAACUCUCAGAACUGCUCCAAGAGAUCCAUUAUCAAGUGUUUCUCACGAGGAUGAUGUGAAGUCUCUAGCAGCUCUAGCUCGUGUUAUCGACUCAGACAAGGUAACGCCUACAAAACUUACCAAACCAGCAACUUUGCAAAAGAGGGCGAUAGGUUCUUCAGAGAAGACAGGCUCAGAGGAGAGUAAGGCAAAGAGGAAGUCCACAUCAGCAGAUCCCCCUAUGGCCACAAAAGCCAAACCUGGCGCUUCAUUCUUGCCACGACUUAGCACUCUAAUACGAGGACAAGAUAAAUCAGCCGCCUCGCCUUCUCUAUCGAGCCCCAAAGUAUCUGUAACCGAGCCACGAAAACCACUCAACGUAUCAUCUAUAGUCCGAGACGCUACCACACAAAAGACUCGUGACCCGGCGACUAUGGAUAGGCAGCCCAACAAGACUCUUAUGCCAUCGGGUGGAAGCGUGAAAGCUCUUGCUGAAAAGUUCAACAGUCAAAGUCCUACAAAACUGAACGAGUCUAGCUUUCCUUCCAAGAAUGCCCAUCGGAAAUCAGUCUCUGCAGACACGUGGAUACCAACUGCCACGAGUCGCAGGGAAAGCUUAGUUGCUCCAUACACUACUAACUCCUCACCCACAAAGUCUCAAAAGUCAGGACGGUCAGAAAGAACACCGCAGUCGAAUCGCAAAUCAGUGGCUGCAGCAAUCGCGGCAUCUAACCCAAGCUCUCCAAUAAGAGACCGCGAAAGAAAUCCUGUCAACCCUUCCCCUCCGCGUCGAAUUCUGAUUCCCUCGGUAGAUGAAACAGUGUCUCUACGUUCAGUUCGUAAAUCUGUUGAGGUUUCGGAGGAGAAAUGGGGUACAUUUGCUGUAAAUUCUUUUAACCCGUAUUCGAACGUGCUGAAAUCUGCCGAGCCCGCUAAUACCACGAUCAAGUCAUGGGAUGGUCAUAGAAGUCAUCCGGGGAGCCUGCCUUCCAUUGGAACUGUUCUACCUGCUCCAGAGCUACCACCUGUUGCUCAGCAUGUUCAUUUCCCACGGCCUCCGUCUUCGCUGGGGGAGAUGGCUGACUUCGUGCACCCAGACUCACCUUUUAGAGACAUCUUUCGCGGUUCUCCUACAUUGAGUCCCACAGCGAGUCCAGAAAUUUUACGCUGUCCAGGUACACCUCCAAUAACUCGCAGUAACUCAGUACUUCACACCCAAGUCAGAUCUUUGCAAAAGAGUAUAGAACAGAAAGACCAAGAGAUUGCGAAGUUGAAACAGCAGCUAAUUGCGAAGGGAACUCUCGACAUUGGCCCGUUGAGUGAGCAGCUUCGAGAGUGCAAAAGAGAGGUUCAAAUGUGGAAAACUCGAGCGGAGAUUGCAGAGAAGCAAGUCGAGAUGUUCUCAAUUCUGCCCCCUGGCAGAGUAAAUAGUAGCAGAUUGUCAUCUGAGGCGGCAAUGGAAAUCUACCGAUCCAAUACUGAUCGAAGUGAAGACAGCGGUAGAAAUGCUCGUCGCAGCAGUAAAAUUGGGCGAGGAUUUGAUGGUGCUGAGUGUUCUUGGAAAUCAGAUGACAGUAGUGGGACUAUUGUACGCGAAAUCGUGGAGAUUGAAGAUAUUUCGCAGCAAAGGCUUUCAGUGCUUGGAUGA